UGGGUGGGCGGCCGCGGCGCCCAGUCCCAGAAGCAGUGCAAGAAAUCCUCCUUCGCCUUCUACCAGGCGGUGAGGGACCUGCUGCCCGUCUGGUUCCUGGAGGACAUGCGGACCAUGGAGGUCUUCCACUGGGAGGACGGGGGCAAGGUGAGCGUGUACUCGCCCUCAGAGGCCCUGCUCUAUGCGCUGGUGCACGACCACCAGCCCUACGCCCGGCACCUCCUGACUAAGUUCCCCCAGAGCGCCCUGGCCGUGCCCAGCCAAAGCUUCAGCUGCUGCCAGUCCUCGCAUGUGGCCUGCGAACUGGUGCGACCCGAGUGCUUGCUCCUGCUGCUGGGGCAUGGCGCGUCGCCCUGCUUGCAAGACAGUGCUGGGAAUACCCCCCUCGACACCUUGCUGCAGCAGAUUGCCCACGCGCCAGCAGCUAACAUGCGUGCCAAGCUCCUCUGCCUCGACUGCCUCUUCUUCUUCGUGCCUCAGGACCUCCCGUUCACAAUGAAGCAGCAACUGUUGGACAACCGGCAGCAGUGGCAGGACCUCCUGGGUGAGAACAGGUUCCAGUGCCUGGUGGGCUUAGCUCCCCCAUCCCUGUUUGUCGGGGCCAUGCGUGUCUUGAUCAGGACCAUUUCACCCGAGCAUUUCCCAGAGGCUCUGGAUGAUCUGCCUCUGCCUCAUUUUCUAAAGCCUUUGGACUUGAAACUGGAGAGCUAG